UGUGUUUCAGACAGAAAGAAAAAGAACUGGGUAUCUUCGAUAUCAUCAUUUACGCAACACCCUACAGUACUAGACCAACUUUACGCCUUCUCUUUUUUCUCUGGACACAAAUAACCAACAUUUAGUUCCCAGAAACAGAGUGAGUGAGAGUAAAAGAGAGUUUGAGAUGGAGAGAAAGGAGCUCUUGGUUUGCUGUGUUGUGGGUCUUUUGGGGCUGGUAUCAGCUGCUACAGGCUUUGCUGCUGAGGCAACAAGAAUCAAGGGUUCUCAGGUUCAGUUUGUCAAUGCUACUCAAUGCGAAUAUCCUCGGACUGCAGCUCUUGGACUUGGUUUUACUGCUGCAGUGUCUCUUAUGGUAGCUCAUAUAAUUAUCAAUGUUUCAACAGGGUGCAUUUGUUGCAAGAGAAUACCCCAACCUUCCAAUUCUAACUGGACGAUUGCCCUUAUCUGCUUUGUUGUGUCCUGGUUCUCAUUUGUCAUAGCAUUUCUUCUGCUGCUCACUGGUUCUGCACUCAAUGAUCAACAUGGUGUAGAAAGCAUGUACUUUGGCAGCUACUACUGUUAUGUUGUAAAACCUGGAGUAUUUGCUGGAGGUGCUGUCCUAUCCCUUGCAAGUGUGAUCCUAGGAAUUUUCUACUACAUCACCAUAAGUUCAGCAAAGAAGAACAAUGAUAAUCUGUGCGGCAAUGGUGUUCAGGGGCCAGCAAUAGCUAUGGGACAACCCCAGUUUCCAGCACAUAAUCAAACUCAAGAACCUGUCUUUGUUCAUGAAGACACUUAUAUGAGACGGCAGUUCACAUGAUCCAUGGAUAUAUCUUGGCUCAGUUACUCGUGUUCAGUCUUUGAUCCUAUGAAGAUAGUGAUUGGUCUUGGAAGCGUGUUGUAGUUGGCAAAGAGCAUUCUAGGAAAUGUGAAGUUCUCUUGUUGAAGUCUGCUGUGUUUCGGGUAUAGGUUUUAUGUGAGACAACAGUUCGCGUGAUUCUUGGAUACGCAUCUGCGCCAAGCUAUUUUGUUCAGUGUUCAGUGUAUGACCCUUUCUGUAUAAUGAUCAGCCUUUGAAGAUUAUCGUAGUUUGCAAUAGAAUUCUAGAAAGUCUGUAGUUUUCUUGUCGAAUUCUGCUCUUUUGGUACUUUAUACACAACCUAUGUGCUUGAAU